UUGCCCAGCCCCAUCAAAGCCAUGGCGCUGUCGGUGACAGAGUUCUUGGACUCUUCUGGCGGUUUGCUGAUCUCGCUGCUGGUGCUGCUUGCAGUGGAAGUGGCAAGUCGUUCGGGACAGGUGCACUUAGCAGCCGCAGCUGCUGCUAUCCCCACCGGACUGCCGCUGGCAUUGCUUAUCGUGGCUUCAAAAUCCAAGAAUGCGGAGGUCUUAGUUGACUUCAGCGAUGCAGUGCUGCGUGGGACAUGUAGUACCUUGAUUUUUGCCCUGGCCAUGGCAUUUGCUGCGCGCAAACACUGGACAGUGCCACAGAUGCUCCUGAUUUCUUAUGCGGCCUGGUUCGCUGCAGCCCGGCCUUCGGUUGUUGAAGGCUUGGCCUUGAGCUCCUGCCGCAGCCUUCGCAAAAUCGUGGAUCGCCAGUCGCGCUGGCGACCGCGGGAGCUGCAGUUCGAGCAGAUGGAGGAAGAACAGCGACGUUCUGCAGCUCGCGUCACAGAGUUGCUGCAACCUGGCUUUGGGAAUCAGUUGCCCAACUUACAACACCUGGAGGGUUCGGUUUUCUCUUUGCUGCUGCGCGCUCGUCAGCAUAGCUUCCCGGCCGAUCAAUCGAAAGGCGCGGCUUCCCCGGACGUCGCUGGCGUCGCUGGCAUCGCUGGCGUCGCGCCGGCGCUGGAAGCUGUGGAUGGCAUCGGUGCGCGGCUCCAAGUCCUCCAUUUGGUGGAUCUCUAUGCCGCCGAUCUGCUGGGGCUACUCCCAAGUGGCACGGAAGGAGCCAUGAGUUCUUCCGCACCCUCCUGUCCCAAGCUUCAAAAGUUGUUCUUGCUCAACCUGCCGUCAGCCCAUCCUGGGCUCACAGCCAAAGUCAUCUGCAAGUUCUUGCCACAAGCGCCGGAGCUCAAAGAACUGCAGUUGGACUUCCAAUACUUUGAUCCCGCUUUGUGGGACCUUGAAGCGCUAGAAGCCCUCAUCGCCAGAGUUCAAGCUGAACCCUCCAAAGUGAGCAAACUGAUUCUGGACUGGUGCCGCCUGGGCGACGCUGGGGUCAAAUGCGUUUGCACUGCCCUGGCGCGUCACGUGCGUGCCAACGCCGGCGUGAAGGAGUUGUCCUUAGCCCACUGCGAACUGAAAGACCUGAGCCACGUCUGCGAGAUGUUGGAGACGCCCCAGCUGGCCCUGACCAGCUUGGAUUUGUCGGCCAACAGCUUUGGGGACGAUGAAGGGGUUAAGUUGGCAAAGUCACUUCCAUUCUCCAGCAUCAAGGAGCUACGGCUGCGCGACUCGCAGGUCUCUGAGCGCAUGCCGGUGAAGACCAAAUGGACACAGAGUUCAGCUCUAUGGUUGUCUGGAGCACUGUCAAAAUUGGGAGGUUCUCAGGCGGAUCGUGCUAUCGUGGUGAGUCUGGGGAUGUCCGGGGUCGGAGUGCACCAACGGAGGUCCCAGGUCUUGCGACAAGAAACCAUGCGACGUCGGGUCAUUUUUGGUCAACUUCGAGCUGAAACAGAGAAGGAUCCAAACCAAGUGGUCAAGCUGCUCUGCUCCAAAUUCUCGCAGCUCAUCGAUCGAGUCGCGCAGGCUGAAGAUGCCUUCGAAACCGCUUCAAAGAGAGCGGAUCAGAUGAGGCAGAAAGUCCAAGAAUCAGCAGAUAGGCACCAGGCCACAACCUCGCAGAUGCAAAGCUCUCUCCGCACCCAAUUGGCAGAGGCGGAAGCUGCACAACUCCGGCUCAAAGAAGCCAGGGCCAACGCAGACUUCGCGGCCGGGGAGGUUUUGCGAGCCAAAGAGGCAGCGCACAGCCUCAACGAGGACUGUGAACGCUUGAGCUCGCAAUGCAGAGAGGAGCAACGUACUUUGGAGGAGACGUCCUCGCGCAUGCAGCAGGAGGAGCAAAGCAGUGCCACGUGUGAGCGCGAACGGCAGCGCCUGCGGGCGGAGCUGGAGGCGCUGGUCCAAAAGCUGGCCGUGCAGGAGGAGGAACUGGCGGCAGAUUACCAGCGGGACCGACAACGCCGGGGCGAUACACGGCAACUGGAGCUGCGAGUCCAAGAUGCAGGCCGGCAACGGGUGAGUGCAGAGAAGCGACUUCAGAGCGUUCAGGAGGAGCUGGGCACUACUCAGAAGCAGGUGCUCCACUUCAAGGAGCGAUUGGAGCUGGCAACACAGAAACUGCAGCUGGGCCAUGAGGAGCUGCAGGAAUUGCUUCGAAGCCAGGAAGAAGCACAACAAGAAAAGCUGCGAGUGCAGGAGGAGGACGAGUUGAAAUCCAGCCAGCAUGGGCACUUCCGGGCACUUAAAAAAAACACCUGUUGA